AUGUCUCUUUUGAACUCACAGGAUCGGACUACCACGACCCCCGACCGUGGUCAGCCUCAGUUGACGAACAGGACUGGCUUGGUUGUAAACAAUGGAGAUGCAACACGGCAACAUCCCGAUCAGACGGAGGGCAUGAGAGCCGGGGACUCGGCACCUGGCAACGGCCAUCCGAAGAAUCCGAUACAGCAAAAUCCAGGGAAUGAAAGUCAGCAGAAUAACCAGUCUGGCCCACAAGAGCCUCAUUCAACGUGGUAUAGUCGACUUGCGGAGAAGUAUGGUAGUUUAGAACUAGAAAACAAGGGAAGCGUUGCACGAGAUCAUCUUGCAUUAGAGCGUACAUUUCUCGCCUGGCUGAGGACGUCGUUAGCCUUCGCUUCCGUUGGUAUUGCAGUGACACAGCUCUUCCGUCUCAACGCCGGCUCCACGCAAACGACCGAAAUCACCUCCCAGGCCUUUCCUCCGCUUCUAUCUCCUCCAUUUUAUGAUCCUGCACAAUUAGGAGUAACGUCCGCAUCACAACGACUGCGAAAUGUCGGCAAACCGCUCGGUACCACGUUCAUAGGCAUUGCUAUCCUCAUUCUGCUGAUUGGGUUUCAUCGCUACUUCGAGAGUCAGCACUGGAUUUUGCAGGGUAAAUUUGCAGCCAGCCGUGGGAGUAUUGCUCUUAUUUCGCUUGUUGCUGGCGCUUUGAUCGUAACGUCUUUGGUUGUUAUACUUGCUGUUUCUCCGGGUGCUGUUGAGACGUAA